UCUGGGUGUGGGGCUCCGUGUGAAGGCGAUCGGAGCAGUUUUUAAACUCCAGCAGCUCCGUUUGUGGACAAAAGAUAAUUCCCGUUAACGGAGUCCCAGCUGGAACUGAAGGAGAAGGAGCCGACGGUUCGACGCGUCCAGAUGUUGGAGCGGAGUCGGUGAACGAGCAGCAGUUCAGAUGAAAGUAGAAGGUGUGUGUGAGCUGAUGUGAAUCCAGCAGCAUGGAUCAGUGUGAGGACAGAGAGGAGGGAGUCCUUCCCUCCAAAACCUCCCCGAGGGGAAAACCUGAGAGAGAAGAAGAGAGAGUGGACCAGCAGAUCUCAGAGUCCCCCAGUGGUCCGUCUGUCCAGCAGCAUCAGACCCAGCUGGACUCCGUCUUUCAGCUGCUGGAGGACGACAUCGUCAUGUUUGUGAAGGACGAGCUGAAGAAGAUCCAGGAGGUUCUGAGUCCAGAUUACCCAGAAUCCUCAGAGAGUCUGGAGGAGGAUGAAGAUGAAGAGCAGAAGAGCAUCAGAGAGACACUCGUGAAGAUCACAGUGAAGUUCUUGAGGAGGAGGAAGCAGGAGAAGCUGGCUGACCUCCUGCAGAGCAAGACCGUCCCUGCCGUUUGUCAAUCCAAACUCAAAGUUCAGCUGCAGAAGAAGCACCAGCAUGUGUUUGAGGGGAUCAUUAAAGCAGGAAAGACAACCCUUCUGGAGCAGAUCUACACGGAGCUCUACAUCACAGAGGGAGGGACCGGAGAUGUCAAUGAAGAACAUGAAGUCAGACAGAUUGAAGCAGCUUCCAGGAAACCAGACGGAGCAGAAACAGCCAUCAGACAGGAAGACAUCUUUAAACCCCCACCUGGAAGAGAUGAACCAAUCAGAAUGGUGAUGACGAAGGGAGUGGCCGGCAUCGGGAAAACAGUCCUAACACAGAAGUUCAGUCUGGACUGGGCUGAAGGCAGAACCAACCAGGACAUCCAGUUCAUGUUUCCAUUCACCUUCAGAGAGCUGAAUGUGCUGAGAGAGGAGAAGUUCAGCUUGGUGGAACUAGUUCAUCUGUUCUUCUCUGAAACCAAAGGAAUAUGCAGCUUUGAAGAGUUCCAGGUCGUGUUCAUCUUUGACGGUCUGGAUGAGAGUCGACUUCCUCUGGACUUCCACAACUCUACAAUCAUCAGUGAUCCCAGAAGGUCCACCUCAGUGGACGUGCUGCUGACAAACCUCAUCAGGGGGAGCCUGCUUCCUUCUGCUCGUCUCUGGAUCACCACACGACCCGCAGCAGCCAAUCAGAUCCCUCCUUACUGUGUUGACAUGGUGACAGAAGUCAGAGGGUUCACUGACCCACAGAAGGAGGAAUACUUCAGGAAGAGGUUCAGAGAAGAGGAGCAGACCAGCAGGAUCAUCUCCCACAUCAAGACAUCACGGAGCCUCCACAUCAUGUGCCACAUCCCAGUCUUCUGCUGGAUCACUGCUACGGUCCUGGAGAACGUUCUGGAGAAAGUCCUGGAAACCAGAGAGGGAGGGGAGCUGCCCAAGACCCUGACUGAGAUGUAUAUCCACUUCCUGGUGGUCCAGGCCAAACUGAAGAAGGUCAAGUAUGAUGGAGGAGCUGAGACAGAUCAACACUGGAGUCCAGAGAGCAGGAAGAUGGUGGAGUCUCUGGGAAAACUGGCUUUUGAGCAGCUGCAGAAAGGAAACCUGAUCUUCUACGAACCAGACCUGAGAGAGUGUGGCAUCGAUGUCAGAGAGGCUUCAGUGUACUCAGGAGUGUUCACCCAGAUCUUUAGAGAGGAGAGCAGCCUGUACCAGGACCAGGUCUUCUGCUUCAUCCAUCUGAGUGUUCAGGAGUUUCUGGCUGCUCUUCAUGUCCAUCAGACCUUCAUCAAGUCUGGAGUCAACCUGCUGGGAGAUCAGACAACCUCUCUCACAUCUGAAACACGAGAAGUUCAGGAAGAGGAUGAAGAUGAAUAUGAAGAUGAAGAUGAGGAUGAAUUUGAAGAUGAUGAAGAUGAUGAAGAUGAAGCAGAUGAAGUUGAGGAUGAAGAUGAAGAUGAAUUUGAAAAUUAUGAAGAUGAAGAAUAUGAUGAUGAAGAUGAAGAUGAUGAAGAUAAAGAGACUCGCUUCUAUCAGACAGCUGUGGACACGACCUUACAGAGUCCAAACGGACACCUGGACUUGUUCCUGCGCUUCCUCCUGGGUCUUUCACUGGAGACCAAUCAGAACCUCCUACGAGGUCUGAUGACAUCAAACCAAAGAAGUUCACAGAAAACUAUCAAAUACAUCAAGGAGAAGAUCAGUGAGGACCUGUCUGCAGAGAGAAGCAUCAACCUGUUCCACUGUCUGAAUGAACUGAACAAUCAGUCUCUGGUGAAGGAGGUCCAAAGGUCCCUGUGGUCUGGACUUCUCUCCAGAGAUGAACUGUCUCCUGCUCAGUGGUCGGCUCUGGUCUUCAUCUUACUGUCAUCAGAAGAAGAUCUGGAGGUGUUUGACCUGAAGAAGUUCUCAGCUUCAGAGGAGGCUCUACGGAGGCUGCUGCCGGUGGUCAAAGCCUCCAAGAAAGUUGUGUAAGGACGAACACGGACACAUCUGUUUUAGUUACAAUCACAUGUGUUCUUGGAGGAAACCAGUUAAA